AUGGCCUAUUCUCAGGCUUCAGACUGCUCUCUAGGUCCAACCCGUUUCUACGAUGAUUUGGAAAGUGCCUCAGAAGGGUUUUUCCACAAAAGCUGCCUAGUCCAGAAAAUAAAAUACGAAAAGGAGAAGAAUUUUGAAAAAAAUCGGUGUAAUGUGUAUAACGCAGUGAGACAACUGCUAACGUGCUGUUUCGGAACAAAACAAGGUUCUAACGUACCAAAUUUCACAAUCAUGGGUAAAAUUCUAGAUAAUAUGUAUAAAACUAUGUUAAGAUAUGACUUCAAUGAUCUGUUUGAAGAUUCAAGUACUAUUGCGCCAUCAACUGAAGGUAGCGAUGAUAUGAUAGGGUACAGAAGAAAUGAUGUGUUGUGGGCAAUAGAGCCUUCUAAAAGGCUCAAAUACAUAGAAAUCAGUCUUCCAGAGGCCAAAUGGUUGGUUCUGUCAUGGUCAUCUAAAAUAACCAAUGGCGAAAAUAUUAAUAAGAACCUGCUUGACUCAAUUAUAAACGAGUGUAAGCUAAAAUCGCAAAGUAUUUCAUACUUGACACCAAACGUCAUCAAGAACUUCCCUGGUCUUUACCUAUGCGAAAAUCUGUAUGAGAUGGAGUCGAAUGACUUUAUAGUUGGAUUAGAUAAUCUGAUGAGCACACUUCAAAGUUAUAUUCAGCCAGACUCAAGCACAUUUGUGCUGAUCAUACAUAAAGCUGUUUUAUACUCUCUCUACUACACCAGCCAAGGUUCCGUUGAUUAUAUCGUUCUGUUUGAAAUAAAGUUGUUUGAGAGGGGUGAUAUUCACUAUUUUGCGAGAUUUUUAGCUUUUCAAGACCUCGGUGAUGUUAGGAGAUACUUGAUGACAUCGAGGAAUAUUCAAGUGCAAUCGAAGCUACGGUUCUAUCUAUUCAACUUUAAAAAGCUCAAGGCUAACUGGACUCUUGAGGAAGUUGGACAGAAAGAACAACCAGAAAAGAGUAGUUUUUACCAUUUUUAA